CACUCGCAGGUCCGGGUAAACACUCGCAGCAGCGGGGACGCAUCUGCACAAGCCUCCCCCUGCGCCGGAGCCGGAGCCGCUGCUGGAGGCGAGGCGGAGGCUCGCCGCCUGCGUGCGUUUUUAUGUGCAGAGAGAGAGAGGGCUAUGAUUUGGCCAUUUCCAAAACAUUACCGCUCAAUGCAUUUGCAACUUACAACGUGUGCAGUGAUGGCUGCUGCUGAGCAACGGUGCUCCAGCUUCCACCAGCAGCACUGCGCAUAAGGCAGCACACCCACCUUUGCCCUCCCGCCCUGAAGUGAGAGAGACACCACCAUGUAUAGUGUGGAGGAUCUCCUCAUUUCGCAUGGAUACAAACUGCCCAAGAGCGGCCCUCCAUCCGCCACGCCUUUCGAGAAGCGCCCCGCUGAGUGCCAGCAUGAACUUGUGGACAACAGGGCUGGCCGGGGGACGCUAAAUGGGAAUGAGGCGGACAGGGGUGCGUCCAUCACAGGCAUCUACAGCACCAGGCAAGCGCUGGUGAAGGCCUACCCCACCGCUGACAACGAGGGCAGGGAGAGGAACCAAAGGAGAAAAGAAAUCGGCAUUGGUAUCCUAGGUGACGCUCAGCCCUUGGGUGAUUCGCUUGCCACAGAUAGUGGGUUCUACGAUGUUCCUAGUUUAACUUAUUCAGAGCCACUGAGCCAUGAUGAGAGGGAUAUUUCCUACUGGCGGAGGCGGGGCCAGGACUUCAGUAUCCUUCUGGACUAUGCUGAUGGCAGAGAGCUAAGGGCCUCCGCUGGAGCAUGGAGGCCACAGGCCCUGAUGACAGCAGAGGAAUACAGGGCAGAAAGACAAGCGCAACAGCUAUGGGAGGAUAUUUCCUGGUUAAGGGACCCAGACGCUGGCCCUGGUCAUCUAAGGGUGACUGGGGAGAGAAAGUGCCAAAGCCUUGGUACAGAGGAAUGGAGACCGGCUGUGGGCCUGGGAAGGCAGCUGUCAGAUGGGGAUGGGGAAAGGUGGGCGAAGGACCAUUACCGCCUAAGGACACCUGAAGGUUUUUUUCACCCUAGAACUAAAGCAAAAUCUCAGUCUCUCCCUCGAGUUUUAUCACCUGAAGGAGCUGACAGCAGAGAGCUCAUUCUAUCAAGACCUAGCCUACCUGACAGACAGAGGAUAAACAGCACUGUUUUCUCUGGCCCGUAUAGUAGGUACGUCUAUGGUGGCGUAAGGGACCGGUGGAGUAGGAAUGUUGGGCCAAGUAGCCAUGUUGUACUUUUACCAAAGCCCAGGUUCAGCAGGCCUUUAAAGCCUCCGUCAUAUGAGAUUCACCAGCAGACUAGGGGUAGCGCAGAAAUGCUUGCUAUAGACCAGGGUGCCAAACAGAAAGACAGACCAAUCUUUUAUCCAAGGGGUGGGGACCUGAGACAAGACUAUUUCGCACAACACUCUACCAUCACAGGAAUGGAGCCCCCUGGCUACAUCCCACCGCCCUCUUACAAAAGGGCACUACCACCAAGAGCGGUUUCAUUCAGCCGCCAUGAAAUGGCCAACUUAAGAUGGAGAGCAGAAGCUUUGCAUAUGCCUCACUCAGAUCCCGGAAGGUGGUUUUCCAGGCAGGGAAGUGGCUCAUGGUUGGAACAUCAUGGAGAGCGUGUUGCAUCCUAUCGAAAACAGGUUUAUUCUGGACAUGAAGAACUACAAGCUCAAACUCGUCAAUUACCUGCUGAAGAUCCAAGAGUGAAGCAAAUCUCAGGAGGGCCUAGCGGAAAUUCUCUCACUGACUCAGACAAAAUCCGUAACAUCAACAAAGAGAUUCCCUCCGCUAAGACUUUAGGACAAUCUACAAAUGAUAGUGCCUUUCCUCCCCAACAGGGAGCAGCUGUUAAUACCGAAACACGCAAAACAGCUCUCAAUGACAAUGACAGCAGUAACCGAUGGUGCAACAGGGGUAUACACAAAAAAAGUGACAUUUUAGGUCCUGAACGUAGCCAAUUUCUUCCUUCAUCUAUUCUUGGUAAACCACCCCCACCCCCAUGUAAGCUGGCUGACCAGGGUGUUUCAGAAACUGUUACAGAGGUAAAGAAAGUGGAACAAACUGAGCCACCUGAGAAAGAAAAAUCUAAGAAUCUAAAAAAGAGGCUUAGUGAAACAAUCUUUUGUUUGGUAUCUGUCCCUGUUACACCUCAGCUCAGUGGAACAAUUCGUGAUCAGAAUAAUAACAAUGAGAAGUCACCAGAUCCAGCAAGCAGUCCUAGUGACAACAAAACUGGCCAUUUAACAAACCAAAGUCUCCAAAGCACAUCUUCAGCUGAAGCUGAGCUACAGGCCCUGACAGGUAGUAUAGCGAGCAGCAAAACAAGCAGCAGAGCCAGCAGCAAAAUGUUUAAGAAACUACCCUGUAGACCCCCUAAGAUAAACCAUUACAAGGAGCUGAAGUUGUCGGGAACCUGGCCUGCAAACCAGUAUCGAGAUCAGGAGACACAAACUAGCCCAGAAGCCCGAAAACCUACCCCUGACAACAAGGAAGCACAACAAGACCCUGUUCCUCCUGGCACUGAGGUUGCUCCUGAUAGCAGUGGUGUAGCGGGCACUGCCUUUAGUUUUCCUAUGAAAGGAGUGAAGGGCCUGAAACUGUCAAGUAACAGCGCCUUCUCUCUUACCUCUACCUUCUCCAGCACGCUGAGCUUGAGCACAGUUCAGCAGCCAGCAGUACCACCCUCAGGAAAUGUAGAGGAGGCUAAACCAGCAGCAAACAGUGGGCAGGAGACUUUUGAACAACUGCGUCUAAAAUCCACCACACAACGACCAUGGGAUGCUGUCAAAGAACUGGAAACUAUCAAAAAAGAAGUCCAGGAUGAACAGCAGCAGCAGAUUAGCAAACAGCCCAGUGUUGACAAGUGCAUAGAGGACCUCAAUGAGGCAUACAAAGACAUCUUAGAGCUAGGCACUGCCAGCAAUAAAGUCUCAAAUGGUUCGGUCCAGAUCCCAUAUGAGCGUAUCAAAAUCCGACUGACAUCAGAACCUCUCAAUAAGCCAAGCAGCCUUAGGCGCAGUGCAGUAAGCUGGUCUGUUGACCCUGAAUACAGAGACGUAAAGAGCGCCUUCUCUAGGCCUGCAACAAAGUCAGUAACCUUCAGCAAGCAGCUUAGAGAAGAGCUCCCAGUCCCACCUCGGGAGACAGGCUUCAGAGAAUACAGGGUUGUUGCGCACCUUUCACGUAGAAGGAGCAACGAUGGCAGGACAGUAAAACUAGACCUGCCAGAUGAGCCUAUCGAGACACCACUUUGUGACUUCAGUCCAACAGCAAACACCACAUCAGCUGAGGUGCCUUGGGCAGAUAGACAACCCAUGCAAGAUGCCUCUACGCUCACUAGUCCUCCAGAUUACGAGGACAUCUGCCAGACUUUGCGUCAGUCUAAAGACCCAGCAGAUGUUAAUAGAGCAUCUGCUGGCCAUUCCAGAUCUAAUGACACAGAGCUUUCUCAAGAUCUCAGUGCUGAAUCUGAGGAGGACUGCCCGAUUUGUAAAAGAGAGAUGGAGAAUCAGAUGAGACAGGGUCCAUUGCCUCCACUUCAUGAGGAGAACAGUUCAGACAGCUCGGCCAAUCAAAAUGGCAGUCCACCACAGUGUGCUGCAUUAGAAAGUCCUGCAGAAGAUUUACAAACGUUAGAGCCAAAUGACUCUAGUUUGAAUCAGUCAGGUUCUGACCUUUGUGCUGAAACAAAGGACCAGAGCUCAUUGACACAAGAGGGAGACUGUGAAAGAUCAGGUGAUGCUCAGACAGAAAACUCAGACAGUUCAUGCACAGUUAAUCCUGCUGACAGUAUACCAGCAAAUGAAGCUACAGAGGACCUUUCCUCCGCAUCCACAAUAUUACCAACUGAUCUGAUCGCAGACACCCAAGUCACAGAGGAAGGAAGUUUGAAUGAAACAGUAACAAAAGACGUAGAAUUAGAAGAGAAGAAAGCUAUUACAGGAGAAACAUCUGAAGAAAGUCCUGACAAACAGACAGUUGACCAGAAAAGUACAGGGCAAGACAAAACAAUACUUGAUGACAAACAGGAGCAAGAGAAGAAGUCAUUUGCAACCUCAGAGCAUCGACUUGGUCUACGAACUCAUCUGGGUCGAGAUCAUCCAGGGUUACCAGAGUUUCCACCAGAUAGGCUGCCUCUUUCAGUUCCCCCUAACCUAGACCGAAGAUUAUCUCUUAGCCUUGAGGGGGAGAAAAAGACAAAGGGCCCUUCCAAUCGAAUUGAAGCACUGCAGAACAAGCUGGCUAUUUCUCCAGGUCGGGUUGCAGUUGAACGACUGGCCAGGAUGAGAGAGGUGGAUGUUAUAUGUCGUGUGAGACGCCUGAGCAUUAGGAGUACUGACUCUGGGGAGGGGGAGGCAGAUGGGGAGGAUGAAGAACAAGUGGAGGAGCUCCUCCAGAUACCUCAGAAGGACAAUGAGAACAAUCAAGAAGUCACCCAUACACAGCAGGUCGCUGAUGAGACAGUGAUGCAAGAUGAGCAGAGGUCAUCGCUCUCAGAACCCCAUGAUCCCAGCCGAGGGGAAACAGUGUAGAAAAACUGCAUCCAUCAUCUCCAUCUGAGGUUUUUAGCUCCAACACUGUGACCUGGCUGCCUACUAGAAUGCCUUCAUCUCAUCUUGACACAGAAAUGGCCUUCUUGUCCGACAAGAGCAUUGUGUACACCUUCACCCUCGGCGCUGCAUUGACUACUAAGAGUGCUGUUCCACUGCCAAAGGGAGGCCCUAUUAACUUCUUGGGCAACUUCUGCCCCAAAUCCCUCCCUUGCCUUCCCAAACUGACUUCCCACCUCCCCAUCUGUCCUCCAUGCCCAGCCCCAUCCUCUUAUAGGGUUUCUACUUAUUAGUCUUCUUGUAGCGGCUUGUCCUUUCUAUUCUAUCCUCCCUAUGCUUUUCUCAUUGGCAGACAUUAUGCAAUUCUGUCAUGCAAACUAGAGCUUCUGAAAGGCCCAUAGCGAAAAGGUUGGUUUUUUUUCGCAUUUUUGAACCAAUGUGUUUGUUUACGGGGGAGCAGUUAAGGAUAUGAAUGUAAGUGUUAUGUUAAAGCUAGCUUAGACAUGGAAGCCUAUUGUGUUGCAUUUAAAUUACACCAAAAUUACCUGCGUAUCUGAUUGUGGCAAGGUGACAGCUAUUUUAGAACUGGACAUCACUGUCUUUGGCUAAAGAACUGUUUUGAUUUUCAGAAGAGGUAAAUGCGCCUUUCUUUUUUUUAAGACUUAAUUACAUUGUACCCUUUCUCAUUGCUUUUGUACACACUGCAACCAUAACCCAUAGAUCUCUUCAAUGAAGAGUGACUCUAUACCACAUGACAUGAUAGAUCAGUAACCUAUUAUACGAUACUGGUUCUGUGCAGGAGAGGGAGAACUGCCCUUUUUAAACACAGGCAUAAUUCCUGGAUCAGGUGAAGUUUCUGAUUAGUCCCUGAUCAAUUCAAUGUAUAGCUCAAAUUUCCAGGUAAUUUCAGGAAGCAAUAAAGGCACAGAUUGGGCUGGUGGUCAGUAACUUUGGUAAACAUUAAAGAUGGCUCUAGGGAUUUUGAACAAGAAAAAAAAAUAUGUAGAGCAAUAUUGUUGUACAAACAGCCCAGUGGUGUAGUGGAGCUACCUGUAGGAACCAUUGUCAACAAUCUUAAUGUGAACACGUCAUUCAGAUUAUAUUACAGGAAAAUUUAAUUGUGUCAGGGUAAAUGGGCACUUAACAUAGGGUGGGUGCUUUACUUCAUGAAAAGAUAUUUAUCUUCAUAAUUCUGUGUUGUAAAGAGAAGACAUUUCAUUGAGUAUUUAUUUUUUUUAUCAUCAAAUUGUUAAUCAGUUUGCAUACUGUACAAAAUAAAGUAUAUUUUAAAUACUUUAAGAGAAAUUUUGUAUUUAGCCAUGAAAUUUUAUUUCUCCUAAUUUAUAUCAAUCUGAAAGUAUCACAUCUGUGGAUAGUAUCAUAUUGAGAAUAUACAUAAUUUUCUAGUGGUUUAGAAUCUAUCAGAGCGUUAUAAGAAGGGAUGACCCCGUGGUGUGCCUUGAACACACGAUCCGGUUUGAGUGAACGAUGGGGUUCAUUACUGCGAAAGUUGACAGGAUGGAAACUUUAUGAAUGUGCCAUGAUUUCGUAUUUGAUAGAGCUUUUUCAUACAGUAAUUAAGUCAAUGUUGGACACACCUUGUGAUAUAUGAGACAUCAAUCCAUCUAAACUGUAUUUCCUAUGUUGGUGGACAAACAUGAUCUGUGUCUUAUCUUUGUCUUUGUAUGUCUUCCAAUUCAUGUAUUGUUAUGUUGUCGUUCCUCAAAAACAUGUUAACUAAUAAAAUUUUGGAUAUUUUUUCUUUUCUUUCUUUUCCACCCUUCUUUAUUUCACUCCUCCUUCUAUCUCUUUUCUUUUCCUUUCUCUGUUUAUUUCAUUCCACGGUGUGUAAAAUGUUUCGCCAUCACCAACACUUAUUGCACUACAGAAUACGAUGCAGUAUGCUCUUUUAGGCCACAUAUU